GAGCUCCGGCAUGACGUCAGGUAAUGAGAGCUGCUGAGGCCGAGAAGGAGAAACGCGCAGGCGCACAGCCUAACCCCUCUGGAAUCGACAGGCAGGCAGGCAGGCAGUGCAGCGCAGCGCAGCGCAGCAUCCUCACACCGAUCAGUGAGUCCAAGUGUACCGUUUUUCAGCCAGCAUCCACUGCGAGACUACCGGGACAGGCAGCCCACAGAACAGCACUCAGCAGCCCGCACCUGAAGCAGUAGCGAUCCCACCAUGUCAGCAGGAGGAGACUUUGGGAACCCUUUAAGGAAAUUCAAACUUGUCUUUCUUGGGGAGCAAAGUGUCGGGAAGACGUCUCUGAUCACAAGGUUCAUGUACGACAGCUUUGACAACACAUACCAGGCAACAAUCGGAAUUGACUUCCUUUCAAAAACCAUGUACCUGGAAGACCGAACAGUGCGGUUGCAGCUGUGGGACACAGCCGGCCAGGAGCGCUUCCGGAGUUUGAUUCCCAGUUACAUCCGUGACUCCACUGUAGCAGUGGUAGUCUAUGACAUCACAAAUGUGAAUUCAUUUCAGCAGACUUCCAAAUGGAUUGAUGAUGUCAGAACAGAAAGAGGAAGUGAUGUCAUCAUCAUGCUUGUGGGCAACAAAACAGACCUCGCGGAUAAGAGGCAAAUUACAAUCGAAGAGGGAGAGCAGAGAGCUAAAGAGUUGAGUGUAAUGUUCAUCGAGACCAGCGCUAAAACCGGCUACAAUGUCAAACAGUUGUUCCGGCGUGUGGCAGCGGCACUCCCCGGGAUGGAGAGCAUGCAAGAGAAGACCAAAGAGGACAUGACUGACAUCAAGUUGGAGAAACCACAGGAGACUCCAGCCAGCGAAGGAGGGUGUUCUUGUUAAUACACAGCACCGGAUUGGCCAGCGUCAUUUAAACCACAUGCUUGUUGUGUUGCUUCCUAUUGGUUAGCUAUCAGUUGAGUUCUCAGAUUGAUUAUUGACCAUAGCUUGGACCAAGUGUUACUUACAUUUUCAGUUGUAAAAUAAUGUACUUUACAAAUUUCGAAAUUGAUAAAAAAAAAAACUUUUAAAAAGUUAAAGUGCACAAGCUUAGAAGAUGUGUAUACAUCGUGAAUAACUAGGUAUAAUCUUUGUUUUGUAUUUUUGUAUAUUUAAGGAAAAACACUAAAAUGAUGCAGAUAAAAUGAACUUCCAACAACAUAUAUAUAUAUAUAUAUAUAUAUAUAUAUAUAUAUAUAUAUAUAUAUAUAUAUAUAUGACUGAGCAGUAAUAUGGACAGCCUUUGUGAUGUCAUUGUUCAUGUUGGGCUGGGCAGUGUUUUGGCUAUUUUGACCCUGUCUACCAGUGUACACAAGUUACAUUUGUAAAAGACACUGCAUCUCUCAUUUUUUGCAUCAUGAAGUAGCUUUCUUUAUGCGACGUUCCUGUAAAAUAUGGAAUUGGAACUAAUUUGGAUAGAUUUUUCUGUCAGUAGCAUAUUUAAUGUAAGCUAACUUUUAUCAUUUUACUGAGUAACUAUCAACUACAGCCUGGUCCUUUCAAACAACCACAUGACGAUUUCUUUCAUUUUAAUUGUUUUAGCUGGAUUGUGCUUCAUUACAAUAUCUCACUAUUAACAACUGAUCGGCUGAACCUCAGAGUUCAGCUUCUCCAAAGCUUCUCAAAAGCACAUCUGUCAUUUCAUUGUGUUUCUCCUUUAGUCUUCUGCCAUUGAACAGCACAUAAAACCUGAUAUUUCAUUUCUGUUUAAUAUGAACUGCUUCAAAAGUAAGCAGAACUCACAAAAAUAUGUUACAAUUGCCAAAUAUGCAUAAAUAAUGGGAAGAAAGUACAAUUGUGGGACAGAAGCAAAACCCCUAGAAUACUAGAAACACACCAAUUAUACAUGAUAACCGGUUUAAAGAGCUGUGUUUGUUAUCCAGUUAUUAGGUGGAAAGGAUAUAAAGUUGAACUAUUCUAGCUCAGAGACCCAAUCGUUUCACUUCAUUGUAGUUUCAGUGAGCGCCUGUUCACUUUGCUGAUGAGCUUAUACCGCUCACAUACUGUGCAUCAGUUAAAGUAUAAGAAGAUAAUGAAGAGGAUUUUUGUUGCUGCUUAAAUGAUAGUGCUUUGAAGAUGAGGUAAAUGUUGCCUUUUUUUUGUGCCGUCCUGUGAUAAGAACCUCUUACUGUAUCUUACUGGAAACCAAGUUUCAUACAGCAUGCCACACUGCUUUCAUCAGGCUAUUGAAAUGUGCAUUUUCUAAGAGAUGAAGUGUGCUACUACAUAAUAAAGGCACGUGACCUCUUGAAACUGUUCAGUUAAGAGAGAGAAGGACAGUUUGGAGCACAUUCCAAUACAUCUUACCUAAUAUCUCUCUCUUGUCAUCAUUUCAUAGGUCUCAUAUUUUCUUAUAUGAAGCCGCACACAUUAUGGUAAAGAUCAAUUCGAUUGUUUAAUGGUAUUAGUGAAGAACAUGUAGACAUCAUUCCGUGCAGAUAUUUCAAUACUGCACAUCAAGGUCACCACAUUCUACUUGAAGAGCUUGCAGGACGGAAUGCCUGGGUCAAAGGAAGCUCAACGACUGGGUCUGGGGCUUCUGGGAGUUUGAGUUCUUGUACAUUGCAAAAACAGUUUGUUCUUUUUUCACCAAGAGUCAGAUAAACAUUUACCAUAAUGUGUGCAUCUUUGGUAUAGGAAAAUGUGAGAUCUGCAACGUGAUGCCCAUGUUAGAUUAAUUUUACAAGCCCUGUAGUUUGAACUGCAGAGCAGGUUAUUGAUUUACAGACAACCUGAACAAAUCUACAGCGCAUCUGUGCAGAAACUGAGCACUCUAUCCUUAGAUGCUCCCAGAACGAAUCAAGAGCUUUCAACUGUAGUGCUGGCUCUAUUUUGUAGAAUAAAGAUAAGCAAAACAAAUAUUUAAGAUUGCUGUAAAGCUAAACACUAUUAAACAGUAUUAAACAGAUUGAGGGUGUAUUCUAAUCAUACAAUACAGGCAAACAUGAGACAGAUUGUGGCUUUUGUUUUUAUCAGUUCAAGCCAGAAAAUGCACAAGUUCUGAAUGAAGACCUUGCAAGAAACUUAUUUAAUGAAUGAAUGAUGAAUACUACAUUAAUACGAAAAGAUAAAGAUCUAAUGUUGUAAAUGCACCGUUGUCAUGAAUUAGCACCAUGCUCUCUUAUUGAAUUUGCUGAUAAAACAGAGUUUGUUAUAAUGUGCACUUUACUAUCUGUCUGUUGUUUUCUCCCUCUUCAUAUAAGAGUCAAGUCCGGGUUUCACAGGCCCUCUACAGUAGCUGGAGUGCUAGACCAGGCUGGAGCAUUGUGCACAGACAGAAAGCAGCUUUGAGGUUCAGUAGAUUCACAGCCAGGCUGGAGCAUUGUGCACAGACAGAAAGCAGCUUUGAGGUUCAGUAGAUUCACAGCCAGGCUGGAGCAUUGUGCACAAACAGAAAGCAGCUUUGAGGUUCAGUAGAUUCACAGUCUGGCCCAUUGUGAAGAGUAUCCAUCACUAUUAAACAUCAAUAGGGCUUCAUUUAGAAAUACUAAAAAAACAUAAUCAAUUUGACAGCAAAUGUUUUGACUAGAAGUCUUUUUGAAUGUCUUCAAAUGUUGGAAUGGUUUAGAUUUUGGAGAAUGAACUCCACCCCAGAUUGAUAAAGGGUGCAGUGGUCACAUUAAGACAUUAACCUUGCAGAGGCAUUAGUUUGUCACGUAGGCUGGAAUGGAAAAGAAAAGAAAUAGGUAAAUAGUAAGAAGAAAAAAUAGAUAACAUGAAAUAAAGCCGUGAAAAUUAGAAAAACAUUCCAACACUUCAAAAUGUUUUUAUUGAAUUCACUGAAAUCAGCUUUCAGCUAGUAGAUUAACAGCUGGCUCCCCUGGGAAAUGCCAAUCCAGAGGCUAGUACAGUAUAGCUGCAAAUACUCAAAUAAUCACUCGUGGAAGCUAGCUCUCUGUUUGAUUGACACAGGUGCCUUCUUAGAACACACAAAGGCAUGAUGGGUACUCACUCAGCAGAGCUGACCUGCAAUGAAAUCUGUUAAACAAAUUUUUAAUCAUUUAUAUCGUUUUCUUCAGAGAAGUGACAUGGGGUGGUGACCAUGCUCCAGACCAUGCAGGCACUUGUUUGUUAACAGUCCUCAGUAAGAGCUAGUUGCAUUGAUUCACUGUAUUCACUCAGUUAGGAUCUGGGGGCACAGUAACAGUCCCACCAGCUGUAGAUGAGGUCAUUUAAGAUGUAUUUGGUACAGCUCUGUGGAGCAGCCCUAACAGGAACAGAGCUGGCUCUCUACUAACACUGUAUAGAGAUUUAGCAUGUCUGUCAAAAUGAUCAAUAAAAUGUCUUAUUACCAAA